AGUGGCCAGCUAACUUUGUCAAGCGUACAGACAGUCUUCAGACGUGUUUUAACCGAGCAAGAGACAAAGGCUAAGCAGGGUAUCUGUGAUGAGGACGUCUAUAACUUUGAUGAAGCUAGCUUUAUGAUAGGCAAGAUUACAACACAGCUGGUUAUAACAGGAGCAGAGAGGAGAGGCAGGCCAAAGACUCUUCAGCCAGGCAAUCGCGAGUGGGUAACGCUGAUCGCUGCUAUCAGCGCUGCUGGCUGGUCAGUGCCACCAUUCCUCAUCUUCGCUGGUCAGUACCACCUAUCAGCCUGGUAUGAGGAGGAUAUCCCACGCGACUAGGCAAUCGCAGUUAGCGACAAUGGCUGGAUGAAUAAUGAGCUUAGAGUUGAGUGGCUAAAGCACUUCAACGCUCACACGCAGGCUCGUAGUAUAGGCGCGCGUCGCCUGCUUAUUAUUGAUGGCUAUAAGAGCCACCAAUCUCUAGCGUUCCAGGAGCUCUGCAAGGAGAACAACAUCUACACGCUCUGUAUGCCACCUCACUUAUCUUACCUACUCCAGCCGCUUGAUGUUGGCUGCUUCUCGCCAUUAAAGCGCGCGUACAGCUGUGAGGUGGAGAGCCUUAUGCGCAACCACAUCAACCACAUCACCAAGCUUGAGUUUCUGCCAGCGUUCAAGGCAGCGUUUGAUCAAGCGUUCACGCCAG